AAAUAUUGCCUAGAGGAAAAAAAAGAAAAGAAAGAGAGAAAGAUUUACCCAAAAAUAUGAGCGAAGAACAGCUGCAGAAACCUAUAAAUUGUGCUGAUGUAAAAGGAGAGGCAGAGAAGAUUUCGACAACGGAGAGAGGCAUUAAAGCGGCGGAGGACAAAGAGAAAAGUGUUGUAGCCGAGGCCUCCGGUAAACAGGCGGAGGGAGAAGUUAACCAGAAAAAGGUGGUAGCUAAUCCUCUGAAAUCAGAAGGAACCAUAACAAUUGGAGAGGCUCUAGAGGCAGCGGUUCUCACGGCAGGGAAUAAGCCGGUGGAGUGGAGUGAUGCAGCCGCCAUUCAAGCGGCUGAGGUUAGAGCCACGGGGCGGACCAACAUCAUGCCCGGCGGUGUUGCGGCUUCAGCUCAAUCAGCCGCCACUCUUAAUGCUCGUGUCGGCUCUGACGAUACCAAGACUACGCUAGCCGACGUUCUCACUGGAGCGAGUAGCAAAUUACCGUCGGACAAAGCAGCAACGAGAAAAGACGCAGAGGGAGUGACAGGCGCAGAGAUGAGAAACGAUCCUCAUCUCACUACUUACCCAACCGGCGUGGCUGCUUCUGUCGCUGCCGCCGCUCGGAUCAAUCAGUCAAAGUAAUACAAUUCUUCUUUCUUGGUAUUGAGAAGCAAGUUUAUAUAAACUUAACUUAAUGUA